AUGAAUAAUUGCAGUAUUCACACAGGAAACACAGAGUUCAUCCUCACAGGUCUGACUGAUGACUCUUACCUACAGAUUGUUCUCUUCCUGGUGUUCCUGAUACUUUACAUUUUUGCUGUUCUGGGAAAUGUAGGGAUCAUUGUAACCAUAAAGCUCGGGGCUAAUUUGCAGACUCCAAUGUAUUUCUUUGUCAGCCAGUUGGCAAUGCUCGAUCUUUUCUACAGUUCUGUUAUAUCUCCAAACACAUUGGCAAACUUUACCCGGAGUAUUAAAACCAUAUCCAUCCGUGGAUGUGCCACACAGUUGUUCUUAUUCGGAGGUUCAGCAUCCACCGAGAGUUAUUUAUUAGCAGCCAUGGCCUAUGAUCGGUUUGUAGCAAUACGCCAGCCUUUGCUUUAUGUAACUAUUAUGUCUAAAACAGUAUGUAGAUUAUUGGUGUUUGGUGCAUAUUUUGCAGGUUUUUUGAACUCUUUAAUCCACAUCAGUUUAACGUUUUCCUUAAAAUAUUGGAAAGCCAAUGUGAUCGACCAUUUCUAUUGUGAUAUUCCACCUCUCUUUAAAUUAACAUGUUCUGAUACAUUUCUGAACUGGGUGGUCAUUUUACUUUUUGGAGGAUUGACUUCUGUUAUUUGCAUUUCCACCAUCCUAUAUUCCUAUUUAAAUAUUCUGGUAACUAUUUUAAGGAUUAAUUCCUCAAAAGGAAGAAAUAAAGCCUUUUCGACCUGCACAUCUCACCUGACCUGUAUCUGUAUAUUUUACACCACUCUCAUGCUCACAUAUCUCAGACCUCCAUCAGAUGUUUUGCCAAUAAAUGAUAAACUAAUCUCUGUCUUUUACACAGUAGUCAUUCCAACAAUAAAUCCAAUAAUUUACAGUUUCCGAAAUACUGAUGUCAAAAUUGCUGUGAAAAAAAUUUUCAGUAAAUAUUUUAGGGUAAAUACUUUAAAUAUAUAA